CUCUCUCAGCUGACUGCUGAACACCGGAUUGGACAGUGAUCACCUGGGUUGGGGGAAUGCACUUGUAUCAUAUGGCAUUUCAACUUUGUCCCCUGAAACAUACUCAAGCAUUCCUCCUAGACGCAAAGUCACAGAGGAACGCCUUGAUCUGUUUGUGUGUUGUAUUUUUAUUGGAAGGUUUCACUGCUGCUGCUCUAAUAUUGGAAUUAUGACACUGACAACAGACAAGGGGCACAGUGGGUUGGACUUCAUUGACCUCCUGCUCAGGAACCCAGAUGAAACCACUGGUUGCCACGGCAACCAACCGUGGACCAUCACAAUUCCUAAUACCCCAAGCCCAGAGGGAAGCACUGCUGAUGACUUCCUGGACGCUCUGCUGGGUGGGAGUGACUCCUCCUCAGCUCCAGCAUCCCCCUUGUGGUCACCCUGUACCACAGACAGUGGCAUCAACGAGGACCCUCCAACAGAUCCCACAGAGAGCCCUUACCCGUCCUCCUGCACAGCUUUCCCAGCCUUUGAUGCACCGACUUUCCCUCAGCCUUCACCUCUGGAGAAUCAGCUGUCAUCAAAUGAAAAAACAUCUGAAGUUUCCAUUGAUCUAAGCGGGGAGUCGAGUGACCUACAGGAGCAGUUUGGAAUCACAUACUACCUCACUACCAACCAAAGCUCCCCGCUGUCAUCCAAUUCGCCGCUCACAGUGAAGGACCUGCUGUUGUCCAACCUGGGACAGAAAGCGCAACGAAUCCCCCAGCAUUCCCUGCAGGAGCUUGUUCUUAAUGAGGAUGAGAAGACACUUCUGGCUAAAGAAGGGGUGAACCUGCCCAGAAAACUGCCCCUGUCCAAGUUUGAAGAGAGGGUUUUGAAGAAGAUCCGCCGGAAAAUCCGCAACAAGCGCUCGGCUCAAGAAAGUCGGAAGAAGAGGAGGGAAUAUGUUGAUAGUCUGGAAGGAAGGAUGUCUGCAUGUAGUGCUCACAACCUUGAGCUGCAGAGAAAGAUCCAGCAGUUGGAGGAGACCAACAAUGCUUUGUUGGAGCAGCUAAACUGGCUACAGGUUCUCCUUCCUAACAGCUCCCGCAAAACAACACACAGAGGGACCUGCAUCCUGGUUUUGCUUCUCUCCUUCUCUCUGCUCAUUUCCUCAAAUCUUCAACCAGACCCUUACAGCCAACUCAGCCAGGGAGAGUACACAGAGACCAAAGUUCCAUCUCGUUCCCUGCAUUCGAUGGAUGAAGUGCGAGAUGUCCGUCUUCCCCUUCCUCCCUUCCUUUCAGUCUCCAGAGGCUUUGAGGCCUUAUUCAGCCUGUCACUGAAGCUCUGGCCUUGGACAAAUUUCCCCACUGUUGACUUCCAGUCCUCUCACCACCAGGAUCACAGGCACCGGGACGAUCACUGAUGACUCUUCAGGACUCCCAGGAGGAAAGACUGUACCAGAGGAGUGCAGGCUCGCUUGCAGGCACAGCAUCCAAAUAAGCAGUUUUAAUGCUUUUGGUGGAAGUGUCAUGGUGUGUUUUCCAACAAAAAAGAAAAACUCACUCACUCAGAUGGAAGUCGGUAUAAAGGUCAUCCACACAGAUGAUUUUUUUUCUUGCCUUUCUUUGGAAGAACCUGAGGGGAUCGUGUAUUUUAUCUCUGAUGUGCUGCUGCACGAAGCCGGCAUGUACAGCAUGAUCUGUAAAACAACACAUAUGUACAUUUAGUGCUGUAUUUUAUUACUUACUUUAAUGUAUAUGUUGAAAAACUUUAUCAGGAAUAAUUUGAGUUGCAUUUUGUAACAGUUCCGUGCAAUGUCAACACAGCACAAGAGAUUAAGAAGUUUACUCUGAAUUUUGGAGGCACCUGAAGGGCUUUUCUUCUUUCAGUAAAUACCAUGUGUUCAGUUUGGAAGAGAUUUGCAUCCCAAAAGUAAUGAGGCAAUAAAAUGAAUCGGUCCCCAAAAAUAAAUUCCCUUCAAAAGUUGCUUA